UUACCGGCUUCAGCUGAGGCUUGGUGUUGUCGGUAACAGUGAGGAUGGGUCCGCGGGUGUUAGCGGCCAGGUUACCGGGGAGCGCUGUCAGGGAGCUGCUCUGGAGCCGGAGAGACCCUGCUCCGCUGGGCAAGCUGCUCUCCCGCUCGGGGCUAGGGUCAGGGCCGGCGCUGCACCAGCGUUCGCCCGGGCGCCGCAUCGCCGCAAUAGCGGCGGCUCCUUACAGCAGUAGCGCCGUGGACAUGAGGAGCUACUUAUGGGCGAUGUACAAGGAGACCAAGAAAGUCAGCGAAGACCUGACCUUUACAGGAAGAUUAAAUUUUCUAAAUCCGGAUGGAAUAUUUGCCAACAACGAGGUCUGUCUCUCGGACAUUGAGAUUUAUGGCUUUGACUACGACUAUACACUAGCCUUUUACUCCAGCAACUUGCACACACUCAUCUUCAACGCAGCACGGGAAAUUCUCAUCCAGCAGCAUAAAUAUCCUGAAGACCUGAGGAAGUACGAUUACAAUCCCAACUUUGUGAUACGUGGACUUCAUUACGAUGUACAAAAGGGAAUAGUAAUGAAGAUUGAUGCCUUUCACUACAUUCAACUGGGAACCACAUACAGGGGACUCAGCCCAGUUCCAGAUGAACAAAUCAUCGAAAUGUAUGAAGGGACCCAUGUUCCCCUGGAGCAUAUGAGUGAUUUCUACGGCAAGAGUUCACAUGGCUUCACAAUGAAACAAUUCAUGGACAUAUUUUCACUGCCAGAGCUGACUCUGCUUUCCUGUGUCAAUGACUAUUUUAUCAAGCAGAACAUCGACUUUGAACCAGUUUAUCUUUACAAGGAUGUUAAGGAGGUAAUCCGAGAUGUCCACGUUAAAGGAAUAUUGUAUGGAGCAGUUGAACAAGAUAUUGAUAAAUACAUAUCUCAUGAGGAGAAAACCAGUGCUGUCUUGGGAAGAUUGAUUGACAGUGGCAAGAAACUUUUCCUAAUAACAAACAGCCCUUUCAGUUUUGUUGAUAAAGGAAUGCAGUACAUGGUCGGCAAAGAUUGGCGAGACCUAUUUGACAUCAUCAUUGUUCAGGCUGAGAAGCCAGCUUUCUUCAACGAUAACCGGAGACCAUUCCGGAGAGCAAAUCAGAGAGAUAAAUUGCACUGGGACAAAAUCAGCAAAUUAGAGAAAGGCAAGAUCUACAAACAGGGCAACUUGUACGAAUUUUUAAAGCUCACUGGAUGGACUGGCUCGAAGGUACUUUAUUUUGGGGAUCACAUUUACAGUGAUCUGGCUGAUCUGACCCUGAAGCAUGGCUGGAGAACAGGUGCAAUUAUUCCAGAGCUGCGAUCAGAGAUUAAAACCAUGAAUACAGACCAGUACAAUCGGGUAGUUGUGUGGUUGCAGGGUCUCACUGGGCUGCUUGAACGCAUGCAGACUUACGAAGAUGCAGAGUCACGGAUGGUGCUACAAGAAUGGAUCAAGGAGAGGAAUGAGUUACGGGAAAUGACCAAGACCAUCUUUAACCCUCAGUUUGGGAGCAUUUUUAGAACCCAUCAUAAUCCUACCUAUUUCUCUCGACGGCUCUCGCGUUUCGCUGAUAUAUACAUGGCAUCCCUGAGCUGCAUCUUGAGCUACAACCUGCACAACACAUUCUACCCUCGGAGAACGCCACUGCAGCAUGAAGCCUCACUCUGGUCAGACCAGAUUAGUGCCAGCCCAUCCAAGUACCCCGAUAUCGAGGGGUUGGCUCAGAUUAAGUGAUGGCCACAUGGACCCUUCUAACUGAGUCAUACACUUCAGCCCAACACAAAACAGUUCAGAACUUUGCUUUAGUUAUUUUUGUGAGUCUCUCAUUUAUCUGGGCUUUCAGUGGCUGUAGCGCUAAGCUACGGGCUAAACAUCGCUAGAGUGUGGUCAACUAGGCUUUCGUAUUGUCUUCCACAACGAGAGGGGCAAAUCGUCGCCAAAAUGUCUCUUCCCACAGAGCGUUAACAUACUGUCUGUGGUUUUUGGUUGCCUGGGUAACACCAUGGCAUGCAUUUGUGUGACGUGAUGAUGGGAGUGAAAGUGCUCACAGCCUCAAUAUUUGUUGAGGCACAGGCAAAGUCUAGCUGAUACAGACGAGAGAGAGAGGAGUAGAAAGACUGGGGUUUGGAAGUGAAGGUUCCCUGGACUCGCUUGGCCCAGAACUCCUCUCUGAGUUCACUAGACGUACUUGUAAAGCAGAUUGCUAAGUGUUAGUACUGUGGGAUAAUUGCGGUUACUUAAUAUUUACAGCCAGGAAGUGUGCUUUAUUAGGAAUGUUUCUUUAAACAUAAAGUAAAUACAUAGAGACUGACUUAAGGUUAGAACGUGCACAAAAGUACUUGCAAUAUUAACUCUGCUGUCUCGCUAAAGUGUACUAGUCAUAGAUUAGUAAGUGCAGUGAUGGCAAAUCCCUUAUAAGGACAUCUUUGCCAACUCCUAGUUAGCCAGUGUUGAUAGAAUCAUUCCUGUCUUGCAUCUGUGUGUUUUGUAUAUUAUUGGCUUGAUCUGUUGUGUAUGUCACAAGCUGUAUUUAUAUGUGAUAAAUGUUGUUCAAUAGGUUUCUGAAGCAAAUGCAUAAAAUGAGAAUUAGCAUCUCAGAGAACGGAUUGACCACCGCUGAGAGAAAUGGUCAGAUAGAUGGCAUUUAAAAGUGAGGAGGGCAGUGAUAGAUGGAGGAGAUUAGGGAGGGGAAGGUCCCGCCACUGGAGGCUGUGUUGCUGAGUAGAGCUUGCUGGGAAGGUAAUGGGAUACGCACAGAGUUAGAAUCAGAGAGCAAGCUGAUGUGAAGAGCUGGCAUGAAAAUCAUUAACAUCCUGACAUUAGCCGUGUAAGACCUCGCAUUUGGUCAUUCUUUGGCCGAUUACUGAAACAUUUGCCACUGAUUUUCGAAUGUGGCUCCUCGUGUUAUCCCUUUAGUACCAAGCUUUAUGCUGUGCGCAGUAUUCCUUCAGAAAUACACUUGAACAUAAUGUUUUGUUUACACUGUUACUGAUCUGGAGUGAGUAUUAAAAUACAACUAACUGCAUCAUUAAAUCUUAAAAAAAUGUUUUACAAAUUUAAACUUCCAAGAACUAAAUUCUGGCUGAUUAUAGUUGUAUAGAAUUAUUGAAUACAGGGGGAGACCAUUUGGGGGCACUCCAUCUAUGCAACUCUUUGAAAGAAUUAGGUCCAAUCCCAGUCUUUCACUCCAUGGGAAACUUUGCACUUUCAAGUCUUUUUUAUACUGGACAUUAACUGAAUUUGGCCUUUAAUUCUAAUUCCUUCUUGGAAGUUACUCUUGAAUCUUAUUGAAUUGACCUUUCUAAUGUGGACUGUAAUCCACAUCAUCAUAAUCUGUGGCAUAUGUUUUUAAAAGUCCUCAUUUCCUUUUGAUCCUUAAUCAAUGCCCUUCUGCUGGAAAUGUUCCCUAUUUUCUCUCUUAAAAUCCAGAGUCAUUUUGAACACCUCUGUUAAAUCUCCUGCUACCCUCCUCUUAAGUAAGGAGAAUGUUUUCAACAUCUCUAGUCUUGCUACUUAACAGAAGACUCCAUCCAUAUCAAAGGAUGUUCACACAUAUUCACUUCUUAUCAUUGUUCCUUCUUCAGCCAGAAUUUGCAUUGUCUUGUGUGUUGAAUUAGUUCAUAAAUUUGCCUUCUGGUCUCUCAGUCUCCAGGGACUGGGCUGUUGAAUCUUGAUUUUACACUUAAGAGCAGUUCCACCCAGUAGAAGCAACAGACCUUCAUUCUAAUUGUUCAGGCUGGAUCUGAACAAAACACGUAAACGGUUUUAACUAGAUCUAUCCACAACUCUUGCCACUGCAGUAAAUGUUUGAAGAAUGUUAUUGCCUUCUGUUUCCUGUGAGCACUGCAGAUAGUUUGUAGGAGAAACAACUGUAUUUAAUUUCUUAAGUUAACUUUAUGCUGUUUGUGAUUUGGGUGUUUGUGGUUUGUUACCCUUUUAAAGCUCUUUGAUCAUUUUCUUUGUUUAUUACUGGCUUGGUCCUGCUAAAAAUGUGAGUGUGUCUUUAUAUUGGGCUGUGCUGGGUGGGGUUGUGUUUGAUGGUUUCUGAGUGUCCUGUUCCAACAAUGAGACCUUCUCUACAGUCGGUAGUCCUUUGCUCAUUCAUACCCCUGAACAGAGAACUGGAAACAAUGAGCUUCUAUUUUGUGAUGACUUGCAAUGUCCAUACUUGGGAAGAUUUUGCUUGUGAUUUCUAACUGGUCUCACUGUUGCAGUUUGUGAAAAUUCAGGGAAAUUUAAAGAUCCACAGAUUUAAAAUCUUGCCCCAAAACUCUAACUUACUUCCCAACUGAAUUGAAAUGCCAUUUGUGAGUAAGUGCUCUUGAAUGAUUGUUCAAUAAUCUACUGAAUCGAAUAGUUGAAUGUGUUUGACAUUAAUCUCUUCAGAUCAUUCUGUUUAAAAUGAUCUUAACUGAUGAUUGUUUCAAGGAAUUCUGAGUUGUUUUCUAAAUGCAAGACAAAAAUCAGACUAUUCAACACUGAAAUCCUUUGACAAUUGUAAUUAUGGUUCUCUAUUUUUCUAAUGGUGUAAGUGUGUUUUAUGGGGAAAAUGGUACAAUCUAAGGUGAUUACAGCAUGCCACUGCAUUGUAAUCCAUGUUAUGUAGUACUUGCUAGUCUCAAAGCGUUUAAGCAGUGGUUGUGCAAUGAAAUCUUAAGAAUCUAAACUUUGUGUUAAGUGUUUUAGUUUAAAUAUCAUGCAAGUAAGUUGGGUUCCUCUCUAACAAUAAGAGAUAAAUACAGAUAAUUUUAAAACUGCUUUUUCCCCAAAAUGUUUCAUUGCAGCAAAAGGUUGCUCUGUUUCAAAUAAAUGUGGCAAGUGUAGUUUCAGUGUACUCCGAGGUUUGCUGUAGAAAGGAGUUCUGUAAACUGAGAAGUUUAGAAUGUCCAUGUAAUGUAUGACUUUACAAUAAAUCUGUAGUAGGGUUUCUUUCAUGUAUGCAGUGCCAAUAAUAAAGCAACUGUAGGAGGACCAGAACAAUGGAGCGGACUCCAGUUCCUUUGCAAAUCGAUUUUAACCAUUCAUUAGCAGUCGGUAAAAUACUGAUUGCAGCAUUCUUCAGGUUUGCAAAAUCCAGUUGGAAAUAAAACUUUGAAAAAAUACGCUUAAUGAAGACUAGGCUUCCAUUGCCAUCUUAUAAAGUAACAGAUUUGUAACUUCAAAAUUCUCCAUGUGACCUUCUCCAAAAAAAGAGAUGGGCAAAAAUGUGGGAAGCUAUAGACCAGUUAGUUUGACCUCUGUAGUGGGGAUGUUGCUGGAGUCGAACGUAAAGGUGAAGAUGCCUGAUACUUAGAAAAACAAAGCUCAAUUCACCAGUCUCAGCUUGGUUUCAUGAAGGGCAAGUUGUGCUUGACAAACUUGCUGGUGUUCUUUGAGGAUUUGGUACAUCUAGACUUCCAGAAGGCAGUUGACAGAGUGCCAGAUAAAAGACUGAUCCACAAAGUUAGAUCCCAAGGCAUAAGGGUAGAGUAUUAGCUUAGAUAGGGGAUUCGCCAACUGACAGCAGAGGGUCAGGAUAAAUGGGUCCUUCUCUGGAUGGUGAACUGUAACUAGAGGAUUGCCACAGGGUUCAGCUUGGAACUCGGCAAUCUAUAUAAAUGAUCUGCACGCAGAGACAGAGUGUAACAUAACAAAGUUCACAGAUGAUACUGAAAUAGUUGGGAAAGCAGGCAGUGAUAACGAGAUAAGAGUUUACAGAUGGAUAUUGAUAGGCUAGGAGAAUGGGUCAGAACCUGGCAGACGGAGUUUAAUGGGGAGAUAUACGAGGUCGUCCAUUUUGGCCGGAAAAAAUAAAAGGGGAAAUUAUUAUUUAAGUGGGAAGCAGAUUCGAACUGAUUCAGUGCAGAGGGAUUUGGGUAUCUUUGUGCAUGAAUCACACAAAGUGGGUGUGCAGAUGCAGUGUAUAAUAAGGAAGCCAAUGGAAUCCUGGCAUACGUUCCAAAAGGCCUGGAUUAUAAAAGUAAGGAAGUGUUGCAACAAUUGUGUAACGCAAUGGUGAGAUGACAUGGAGUGUUGUGUCCAGUUUGGCCUCCAUACUUAAGGAUGGCUGUGGUGGCACUGGAGGCAGUCCAGAGGAGGUUCAUCAGGUCAGCUCCAGGCAUGAAAGGCCUGUCAUACAAGGAGCAGUUGAAUAGCUUGGCCUUUGUACUUGCUGGAGUUCAGAAGAAUGAAGAGGAGGGGGAUCUGAUUGAGAUAUAUAAAGUGCUAAGAGAGAUCAGUGAGGUAGAUGUUCAACACAUGUUUCCCCCUUGUAGGACAGUCUCAAACAAGAGAGCAUUGAUAUAGAGAGAGAGAAGAAGUAGGAUCAAAACUGAGAUGGGGAGAAACUAUUUCUCCCAGAGGGUUGUGAAUCUGUGGAAGUCACUGCCUCAGAGUGCAGUGGAGGCAGAAUCAAUCAACUGAUUCAAGAAAGAAAUGGAUAGGUUUUUGAUGAAAAGCAGAAUAAAGGGCUAUGAGGAGCAGGCAGGAAAGUGGAGUUGAGACCAGGAUAAGAUCAGCCAUGAUCAUGUGACAUGUCAGAGUGGGCUCAAAGAGCUGAAUUACCUGCUCCUGCUCUUAAUUCCUAUGUUCCUCUUCUCACUACUUCAUCUGCUUUAGAACUACUUUUUAGAAUUGCAACUACUUUUUCUGUCACCAGUCUCUCACUACUGUGGUUCUGGAUUAGUGGUACUGGAAGAGCACAGCAGUUCAGGCAGCAUCCA